UUGGCUUGACAAGGACGUUUUUCCCCCAGCAGCACACGCGGAGGAGUGACGUGCCUCAGCUGCAGGUUUGAUUGACGCCUCUUUCUGACUGUUGGUGCGCACAUGUGGCUCUGGGAAACACCGGCUGAGCUCUCCCCCAGUCUCUCUGCUCAGCUUUCAUAUCCUCCUCGCUCACCACAGCUCAAAUAUCAGUGACUGAACGGGGUCGGACCAAUCCCGGCGCGCUGCCUGAGCUGGAGAGGAGCGCAGAGCGGACAGGAGGGGAGAGAGAGAGGAGCACACACCCAGUCAUUUAUCUAUCUAUCCAUCCAUCUGCCUGUCGUCUGCUACCCCUCCCGGGCCGGCAGGGCUCUUCUCUCCGCUGUUCUCUCCUCCCCGUCGGCUGCAGCAGUUCUGCUGUAUACCAGGAUGCGCGAUGGGACAGGCGUGCGGACACGCGCUGCUGUGCCGGAGCCAGCCGUCCUCUGAGAUACGUGGUCAGCAAGUGUUUCUGCGUCCUGAGGAGAGUUCAGCUCCAGCACUGAGUGCCACACAACCCACCACGUUGUCCGAAAAGCUCCAGGAUGCUUUGCUGCGACUCGCAGCGGUUGUUGAUGCACGCUCGCUGCGAGUGGCCCUGCGAGACAGCGUACAGGAGCUGCUUCCCAGCACGGAGUGCACGUGUGUCUACAUGCUGGAUGGACACUCGAGGCUGCUGUCUGACGACCCGGCUCAUGAACUGCCACAGGAGGGAAAGAUCAGGAGUAUUUCGAACCAGCUGAAGCGAUGUCAGUGUGCUGGCCUUCCUCCAUCUGAACUGCCAGAGAAAUACAGAGUCUGCCUCGCAGCGCCGUUACCAGGACACAGAAAAGCUGUUGUUGUUCCGAUCUUGGAUCAGGACAAAGUCCUUGCCGUCGUACUGGUGGGCUGUAACCCGCUAACUGAUCAGGAUGAACUGAAUCUGAACCUGCUUGAAAAACAUGCCUCGGUGGCGUGUGUGCGGGUCCAGGCUGUGCAGACGUCCUAUCAAAGACCUCCUCUCAGCCCUUCGCCUCUGCAGUCCCACAAUGCACUGCUGCACCUCAAUGUCUCAGAGCAGGACUACUGCGAGUUGGACCGCCACAUUCUGCAGCUCUGUGGUGAGCUUUUUGACCUUGAUGCAGCCUCUCUCCAGCUCAAAGUUAUCAAUUAUUUGCAGCAGCAGACGCAGUCCCAGUGUUGUUGUUUGCUACUGGUGUCUGAGGACAACCACCAGCUAUUCUGCCAGGUAGUUGGGGACAAAGUCCUGGAGGAGGAGAUCAGCUUCCCGCUGAUGUUUGGCCGUUUUGGUCAAGUCGUCGAAAAGAAGAAGUCAAUUACUCUUCAGGAUAUCAGUGCUGAGGAGCGCAGGCAGCUGUCCAGUAUGCUGGGCUGUGAGAUCUCCUCCAUGCUCUGUGUCCCUGUGGUCAGCAGGGCCACUGGUCAGGUGGUGGCACUGGCGUGCGCCUUCAACAAGCAGAUUGCGGAAAGACACACAGAGGCGGAUGAGCACGCCAUCCAGCACUGUUUCUGCUACACUUCAACUGUUCUCACUUCAACUUUGGCCUUUCAGAAAGAGCAGAAGCUCAAAGUGGAGUGCCAGGCACUUCUUCAAGUGGCCAAGAAUCUUUUCACACACUUGGACGACGUGUCAGUGCUGUUACAGGAAAUUAUAGUGGAGGCCAGGAACCUCAGCGACGCAGAGAUUUGUUCGGUGUUCCUGCUGGAUCGGGUCAGCCAUGAGUUAGUGGCAAAGGUGUUUGAUGGUGGUGUUGUCAGUGAGGAAGAGAAUGAGUUUCGUAUCCCAGCCGAUCAGGGCAUCGCAGGCCACGUUGCGACGACCGGUCAGAUUUUGAACAUCAAGGACGCCUACUCCCAUCCACUCUUCUACCGGGGUGUCGAUGACAGCACCGGCUUCAGGACUCGCAACAUCCUCUGUUUCCCCAUCAAAGAUGAGAAUAAUGAGGUGAUUGGCGUUGCUGAGUUGGUGAAUAAAAUGAACGGGCCGUGGUUCAACCGCUUCGAUGAGGAUCUGGCCACAGCUUUCUCCAUCUACUGUGGUAUCAGCAUCGCCCACUCUCUUCUUUACAAGAGAGUCCAUGAAGCUCAGUUCAGGUCCCACCUGGCCAACGAAAUGAUGAUGUACCACAUGAAGGUUUCGGAGGAAGAGGUGACUAAGCUGCUGGUGACCGGGAUCAAUCCUGUGAAGGAGAUCCACCCGUGCUUCGCUGAGUUCACAUACACACCACGCUCUCUGCCUGAUGACACCACUCAUAUGUGCGUCUUCAGCAUGUUUGAAGACAUGGGCUUCAUCAACACCUACAAAAUUGACAUGCACACUCUGGCCAGGUUCUGUCUGAUGGUGAAAAGAGGCUACAGAGACCCUCCCUACCACAACUGGAUGCACGCCUUCUCCGUCUCACACUUCUGUUACCUGCUCUACAAAAACCUAGGCCUGUCCAACUACCUCGAGGAUAUAGAGAUUUUAGCUCUCUUUGUCUCCUGUAUGUGUCAUGAUCUGGACCACCGUGGCACCAACAAUUCUUUCCAAGUGGACUCGCAAUCGGUUCUAGCUGCUCUCUACAGCUCAGAGGGAUCUGUGAUGGAGAGGCAUCACUUUGCCCAGGCAAUUGCUAUUCUGAACACCCAUGGCUGCAACAUCUUUGAGAAGUUCUCGAGGAAGGACUACCAGCGUAUGUUGGACUUGAUGAGAGACAUAAUUCUGGCUACAGACUUAGCUCACCAUCUCCGUAUUUUCAAGGACUUGCAGAAGAUGGCUGAUGAUGGAUACAACCCAAAAAGCCGCACCCACCACUCCUUGCUCCUGUGCCUGCUGAUGACCUCGUGUGACCUGUCAGACCAGACAAAGGGCUGGAAAACCACACGCAAGAUUGCUGAGCUGAUUUACAAAGAGUUCUUCUCUCAAGGAGAUCUGGAAAAGGCCAUGGGGAACAGGCCCAGUGAGAUGAUGGACAGAGAGAAAGCGUACAUCCCAGAGCUACAGAUCAGCUUCAUGGAGCACAUCGCCAUGCCCAUCUACAAGCUGCUGUCUGAGCUGUUUCCAGGAGCCACUGAGCUGUACGAAAGAGUGGCGGCAAAUCGUGAGCAGUGGACCAAAGUGUCCCACAAGUUCACCAUACGUGGGUUGCCUAGCAACAACAGCCUGGACUUCCUGGACCAGGAAUAUGAGCUGCUUCAAUCCCAGGGUGCUUUCGGGAGCGAUGACCACUGCCUCAAUGGUUGCCUUGAUGAGACUGAGGGAGCGAGGGGCCAGUGACACCAGCGGGCUGCUGGCGGGUUUAACUGAAGUUUCUGUGGUCCAAUAAGAGGCUGACAAUACCUUCUGAGCGACCGAACGGGGACAGGUCUCUCUGCUCUGAACGACUUAGAUGCUUAGCAGGCCAUGCAGAGUGGAAAGGACAAAGUUUCAAACUAACUGAAUCAGACAGCUGAUGUGAAACGAGUGGAUUCAUUCACGAGUCGGUUUACUGAUUAGACGCUACAUGUUGCUUUUGUCAACCAGUUGAGAAGAGUAGAAAGUUAUCUUUUUUUAGCAGCUAUACUGGAAAAAUAGGUUUUUACCACUAAACACAAGUUCAUUCAGACAACACCAGUCCUGAGUAAGAUUGUACAAACACACACAUAUCAACGCACACAUGUACAUGCACAUACUAUUUAGACACACAAGUUGGACAUUCAUUCUUAAAGGAAAGUCUACUAUCAUAACAGUGAGAAUACAGUAAGUGCUAUAUGUUCUGUGAAAUAUUUCAUAAGCGCUUCUCUUAAUUUAUAUGACACCAUUUGUUCAGAGUAAUGAAGCUGCCAUACUUUUCUCCAGAUACACAUGAACCCACGAACAUUUCAUGUUAUUCGUUUUUUUUCUGGGUCAGUGUUCAGUUUUUCUUUUGCUCGCAAAUUAAUGAGGUAUAUUUUCACUCCAUCAUAAAACUUUUGUAUUCCACUCUUUAGAGUAAACUGGGACUUAAUGUUCAUUUGCUUAAACAAUACUUAAAACCCUAAUGUGUACUGAUUCACUUUCCCUCAUUACUUAAGGGACACUUUGACAAUCAUACACCAAUAACAUAAGAGGAACUGAUAUCUGACCCUCCCUCAUGCAUUCAAAAUUAAAAACACACACCUCCUGCAUAUUAAGUACACGUAACUACAUUAAGAGUGUAUUUAAACCUCAAAAAUGGACUACUGGUGACAAUAAACCUGCUUUCAGUUCAUUCUUUUCCCUGUGUAUCCCACUCCCUUGCACUUUCAUUCUUUUCUUUGCCAUGUUGCUCUUUAAUCUUAUUUAAUUUACAAAUGUUAUCAUAAAACCACUUCAGAUACAGAGUAACAGAAGCCCUUUAAAAGAUCCAUCUCAUUUGUUUGUGUAAAUGUGCUACUGUAGAGUGUCACUGAGUGUUUCAUAUGGAUCUGCCUUAUUGCGCAUCUUUGCUGCCUUUCUUAGAGCUUUUAAUACAUAAAAGUGUAAUAAAGAGUUUGUGUAGUAUGUAUGUAGAAUAUUUGUUAAAGACAUAGUAUAAGUAUCAAUGUGUUGGCUGAAUGAUCACCAUGGUGAGAAGAUGUAUACUGUGAGAUACCACAGGUGUCAUGUAAUUUUACUAGGUUCUAUUCUAACUUAUCAGUACAACCAGCUUUGGGUGUUUGAGGCAGAUUUGAAAAGCUUUUUUAUUUUUUUAUUUUUUUUUUUUUCAGUUCUUGGUGCACCAAAAAAGUAGUUUUUUUUUUUUUUAAAUAGGGAACUAUAGAUGUAGCCAUGAUAGAAAUUUCUCAUCCUUGAAUGUGUCAUCACUUCACUGUUGAUGCAUUCAAAGAAAAGGAUUUUUCGUCUCAUAAAAACCGAACACGUCAGGAGAAUAAGGUUUUGUGAUAUUAUAUGCCAUACCUAAUUGUACAUUACAAUUUUAACAAAGAAAAUGCUGCAGGGUUAUGUAAUGGACAUUGCUGUGUGUGGGCUGCGUGUGGACAACUGAAUGAAUGAGUGGUGUGUGAGCGGUUACGUAGAUGACAUAAAGAAAACGAGGGGAAAAAAAGAGCUUGUUAGGCUCACAUAAGCCUAAAGUAGUUCAUCAUAAUUUAUUCUUAUUCCCCUCUUUCAUUUUAUGCAGUCACAUUCCUUAAAAAUAUCAGAUGAAUGCAAAAUUAUUGCAACCAUAGGCUUAAACAAGAUGAUGUUUCUUCAAAAAGCUCUCAUCAGGGGUGCAAUAGUGACAAAAGUUAAUUGGUUUGUAAACUGUUUUGCUGCGUCCUAACUGCAUUGGGAUAUGCAUUGUGUGGCUGGAUGAAAGUGUUUGAUCUGCCUUGUUCUGUUUUAUGGACUUUAUUAUAGUCUUUUAAAGGGCACACAGGUGUCAUUCCUAAGCCACUCGUUUACUUUGUCAGACUCUUUAUUGUUCCCAUUUCUCUCAUUUUUGAAACACUUUUCAAAUGUACCUGCCUUUUUCAAGUGAAAUAUGAAUUGUCUGCUUCUGUAACAUUGCAUAGAUACCUAUGUAAAUACCUAUGCCUCUUGUAAAUUAUUGCUUUAGGUCUGAGCUGCCAAAGGCUUUAGAUUGUUAGAUCAUUAUGUUUCCAUUGGAAAAAAAUAAAUAAGUAAGUGGAGUGUGACUAUUUUAAUACAAAAAUGCUUUUGAGAGUUCAUACCUAUGACGGUUUUCUAUCAUGAGUGUGUAUCUGUCCUUUUAUGUUUGUUUAAAAGUGUCAGGGCUCAAUGUGCCAAGCAAACAUUUUCUACUUCCUGGCCAAGCUGCAACAGAUAUAAAUUAAGAUAUAUUUUGUUCAUUGAUGUCAGGCUGCAUUUCUGUUCAAACUUUGUAACUCAUCAUGACAGCUUGUCCAUGAAGUACAAACCUAAUCUACUGUAUUUCCCCUCAUCACAGCAGGAACAGCAGGACUCUGUCCUGUGUUGUAAUGUCAUUGUGUGACAUAAUUGUUAAAAAUGGCAAGAAUAUAACUGCUGUAAAUAACAAAAGUUUUAAAAGAUGUUUUUGAUUGUCUGCCAUUAUUACAAUGGGAAGUACGGUAUUUCAGUUCUGUAAUGUAUUUAAAGUGUUUGCUUCCUGUUCUUUCUUUUCAUUUUUUAAGCCAUGUCUGAACAAGCCUAAGCUUAGACUUUUACAAAGGGGAUGAAAGAAAAUUAUGUGUGUUUUUAGAAUAUAAAGAUGGUAUUCUUUCACAAAUGCCAACCCAGAGUAAUCGUGAUGCUUAUACUGAGGAGUAAAUCAGGUCAUCUGUUCAUUUGUUUUGUUGAGUUCUGAGUGCCGCUGGUCUUCUUCAGAUGUACUGAUCAUGGAUAUUUUUGGAGAAAAAAAGUGGAUGACAUUUUAAUUUUUUUUUCUUCUUUCUUUGAAUAAAUCAGGUGAAUGGUU